AUGUUUAACGUCUUAAAAAGAGAAUGCACUAGCGCCAAAGAUCUGGGAAAAGGCAGAAUGCGACAAGAUGCAGAGGAUGGAGUUAAGCUGGAUGCGCAGUUUACGAAAUACAAGGUCUUCUGAUGUACGUCUGACUUAGUUGUAGUUACCACUGGGGAUGUGGCAAGUAACGCCAUUAAACAAGAUCUACUUGGCGUUGAGGAAAUUGGUAAGAAAGUCAUCAAAGAGUUCGUUGAAACCAGACUCAUCAAGAAAGAAAUAAAGUUCUUUGACACUCAAAAGCAACAGAGGGUGAAAACCUUUGAGACACUUUACACUGUACCAGUGUCAGCUGAUAAGAGCAAGACCAAGGGUGAGAAGGGUGAUAGUAGCCUUGGAAUCCGGUCGUGAUGUAGAUGUGAAUACGUUGCUUCAAAGCGAGCUGGCUACAGUCCCAAAGUCACUUGCUACCCUAGACGGAAGUCUCCCAGAAGCAGGGAAGUCGGAUCUUGGUACCAUUUUACAAGGAAAUGUCUGUAAGAGGAAAAUGCCCAUCAGCAGGAGUCAAACAUGUACUAUUAUUGAUGGAAUGGCAGCUAUUCAGUCCCUCGCCAACUCUUCAGGAGCAAAACCCUUUGGGGAGUGGAGUGGCCGAUUUCUUUGUCAUGUCACUUCCCAUUUUUCGGACAGUUGUACAAGGGUUGACGUGCUAUUUGACAGAUAUGUCAAGAACUCGAUAAAAAGAAGAACCAGAGACAAGCGCGAGGAGAAAAAGAGCACAGGGAUUAGGCGCAAUGUGGAUAACACUCGGAGAUUAGAGAAUUGGAAACUGGGAAAGGUUCAUCAUUCUAGAAGAUAACAAGGCUAGCCUAGCUCAUUUCCUCUCGACUGAAAUCUCGGAGAGUUACAGCGCGCCUCCUGGGCGAGAGCUGGUGAUCAGUGGAGGCUUCAAGGAUACACUGAGGGUGUGGUCAUCUGACACAUCACGACAAGAUAUAAGACAGCUCGCAUCAGAUCAUGAGGAGGCAGAUACUAGAAUAGUACUGCAUGCCCGAGACGCAGCAGCAAGAGGGUACAAGCAAGUCAACAUUUUGUGUCGUGAUACGGACGUACUUGUCCUCCUUUUGGCACAUCGAGAGCGGCUUUGUCCAUAG